UCUCUUCCCCAGAUGUCAUCGUUCUUUGGCCUCGGGAAGACGCGGACGUUCAAGCCACGUAGAGAUGUGCCCGAGGGAACGAAACAAUACCAGCUUCGCAAAUAUGCCGAAGCUACGCUGGGCUCGGGCAACUUACGACUGGCGGUCCAGCUCCCCGAUGGCGAGGAUCUCAACGAAUGGCUAGCGGUUCACGCGGUGGAUUUCUUCAACCACCUCAACAUGCUCUAUGGAACUAUCACAGAGUUCUGCACGAGAGAAGAGUGCGCGAUGAUGUCUGCUGGGCCACGAUACGAAUACCUCUGGGAAGACGGUGUCAAGUACAAACGGCCGACGAAACUCGCUGCCCCCGACUACGUUGACGCGCUGAUGAACUGGGCCCAAUCGCUGCUCGACGACGAGGCCGUGUUCCCCAACAGAAUCGGUGUCCCCUUCCCCAAGAAUUUCAAAGACACAGUCCGCACCAUCGUCCGCCGCUUGUUCCGCGUAUACGCCCACAUCUACAGCAACCACUUUGACCACAUCUGUGCCUUGGGUAUCGAAGCUCACCUCAACACGAGCUACAGACAUUUCUUCUUAUUCAUCAACGAGUUUGAUCUGGUGGACAAGAAGGAACUGGCACCAUUGGACGAGUUGAACGAUGCGAUCCUCGCCGAAGAAAAGACACGAUGA